AUUCUUUGAGUCUUCGAGAUCUUCUGCUUUAAAUGAUAUUGUUAAUAGAUUCAUACGACUCCUUCACAAAUAAUCUUGUUCGACUUAUAAGCAUUAAUACUGGAAAAAAGGUUACUACAAUUCAUAAUGAUUCAUUGAGUUCAUCAGAAUAUGAAAAUUUCUUCCAAAACGCAUUACCAAAGUUUGAGUAUGUCAUAAUAGGACCCGGUCCCGGGCAUCCAUCGAUUCCAGGCGAUGUUGGUAUAAUUAGUGCUUUAUUUCAAUAUUUGAGUCGCAAUGACCAUUGGUCGAUUCCAAUUUUGGGAAUUUGUCUCGGAUUUCAAUGUUUAUGCUAUCAAUUUGGAAACGAAAUAGAAAGAUUGGAUGAUGUUAAGCAUGGCCAAAUCUAUGAUAUCCAUCCAGUAGAUGGGAAAACUGAUUUGUUUGCGGGUAGUGGGGAUAGUUAUAAUUUUCCUAGUGUCCGUUAUCAUUCAUUAUACGUUGAUAUAGAGAAAUUGAAUGAUAAUAUCUUGCCGUUAGCUGUAUGCUAUGAAGAAAACAAUGACCUGAGCUCUAAACAGAUACUUAUGGCUGCAAGACAUAAGUCAUAUCCUUUUUAUGGUGUUCAGUAUCAUCCGGAAUCAAUAUGCUCAAAAGAUGGUGAUAAGUUAGUCAUGAAUUUUGAUAGAAUAGCUGCUGACUACAACAAGAAACAUCGUUUAGAUUACUCGAAAGUAUCCUCCACCGAAAUUGAAAAAGCCAUUGCAAAAUUUACUUCGAGUCACCCCUUGAAAGACCCAGGUCUUAUACCCAAUGAUGUAAACGAAGCCAAGAGAGGGUUGAAUCUUAUUGCAAAAAGGAUACAAUUUGCCGGCCCUAUAGAUCCUUUGAGCAUCUGUGACUAUAUACAUAAUAAAACUCAAGAUAAUCAAUUUUUUCUUUUAAAUUCGGCCUCGAUACCUGGCGAUUGGUCCAUUAUUGGAAUUCCUAUCGAAACUCAAUCAGAGGUGAUCACACAUUCUAUAGAUAAUAUUAACGAGAUCGAAGUCCUGAAAUUUGGCUCAAUGGAAGCCAAGGAGACACAAGUCAUUGAAUCAGAGACAAUAUGGAAUUUUAUAGGAGCUAGAAUUGGGCAAAAUUAUAUACCUAGGGACAAGUUUAAUUCGAAACUUGGCGAAACCUUCCAUUCUAGAGACUUCCCAUUUUUAGGAGGGUAUAUGGGGCUUUUUUCGUAUGAAGAAGGACAACAUCUUGUUAUUGAUAAGUUUAGUUCUCUUUGUAAUGGCUCAACUCCAGAUAUGAAACUUAUCUUUAUUGAGAGGUUUUUGUUGGUUGAUCAUUUAACAAAUGAAACUUUUAUUUUUUCGAUAAACAGUUCCCAAGAUGACCUGACUUGGGCUCAAGAACUUAAAACUGAGCUCGAAAUGGCAGAAAAUGAAGGCAAACUCAAAGUCCAUGCAGACUUAGUUCCACAGAGUGUGAAGGAUUUAUGUUAUGUUGACGAUCAGAACUCUAUUUCAUUUGACUUUCCUUCUAGGGAGGCAUAUAAUGAACAAUUUUCAAAAUGCCAGGAGCUUCUACAUUCCGGUGACUCUUAUGAGUUAUGCUUAACCACCCUGCUGAGAAUACGAGUUCCUUCGUAUAUUCAACCAUGGGAAAUCUAUAAAGUAUUAAUUUUGCAUAAAAAUCCGUCACCAUUCUCUUGCUUCAUGAGUUUCGAUGACGUGGUUCUCAUUUCAUCAUCACCGGAGAGAUUUCUAUCGUGGAAAGAUGGAUCUGAUGGAAAGAAAAAGGUUGAACUUAGACCAAUAAAGGGAACAGUCCGCAAUACACCUGAUGUCAGCAUCGAAGAUGCCACAAAAAUAUUGAAGACUGCCAAAGAAAUGGGAGAAAAUCUUAUGAUUGUCGAUUUGAUUAGACAUGAUUUACACGAAUUCAUCGACCAUGUUGAAGUGACAAAGUUAAUGACUGUUGAAGAGUACAAGACCGUAUAUCAAUUGGUCAGUUUCAUAAGUGGUAGUCUUGAAAACUCCAAUUAUCACGGAAUAGAUAUUCUUCACAAAUCCUUGCCUCCUGGCUCGAUGACUGGUGCUCCUAAAAAACGAUCAGUCGAACUUCUUCAAGAUAUUGAGAGUAUCCAAACAAAUGGUAAUCCAGGUGGGAGAAGAGGCGUUUAUAGUGGGGUCGCUGGAUACUGGUCUGUCACUGAUGAUGCUGACUGGUCAGUGAUUAUUCGUUCUUUGUUUCACUAUACCGAUGAUAAGAAUAAUAAACCUGGUUCGAACAUCUGGAGAAUCGGAGCAGGAGGAGCCAUUACUGUUCUAAGUGAUGCAGAUGGUGAAUGGGAUGAAAUGAAGGUCAAACUUACGAGUGCUUUACAGGUUUUUCAAUAACUCUCAAAGCUAUUUAAUUAUUCUAUUUUUUGCAUCCAUUUUUCACGAAGCAAAUUUCCGUAAACUCUGACAACCCAGUAAAUCCCUUUUCCGAAAUUUAAUCAAAUAAUUAUGCAGUAGCUUCUCUUUUGCCAAUUUGUAGUGAAUUGGAAGCAGAUUUAGAUAUAUUCAGUAUAAU